GUUUACAUCCCAGCGGUCAACAAGCCGCAUAGCAAGGAGGAUGACGUUGCCUAGGAUUGAGACAGCCAGGGAUUUGUGUAUUCGUCUACAGACAGUAAUGCAUCAUGGGAGUAGUAGUCAUAGUUUCAAAUACGUUCGUCAGUUCUUGUCAGUGUCUUUGCUUGAAGUACUGUAACUCCCAUGAAUCCUCACAAUCGUCUUUGGUCACUGCGUCUUUCCAGAUGGAUGAGCUCAGCUCUUGAGUUCUCCCCCCUUCCGAGCGGAAAGUGGCGAUAAGGGGUGCCGGAGGAGAAAAAAAUGAAGCAAAGCUUGAAAAACUAGUUUAUUAUCUCUGAAGUAUAUGCAAAACAUCGAAACGAACAGGUUUAAAGAAGAAGACCCGGGAUUUCACCGAGAGCCACUAUGGAAUUCGGCUUCGGAAAAGACUGGUGGUGUUAAUGCACUACAAUAACGGGCAGGAUCCGUUAUCAUGUCAGCUGUCCGCCGGCCGGCCAAGAUGUCUGGAGAUGAGGCGGAAUUCCCCGAGGCGAAGCUAGUCAUGGAGUCCGGGCCGCAGUGGUCCCGGGUGGAGAUCGAGCGUUUGGCCAGGGAGCUGAGUGAGACAACCCGCGAGAAAAUUCAAGCUGCGGAAUAUGGCCUUGUCGUUCUUGAGGAGAAGCAGCAGCUCAAACAGCGAUAUGACGACCUGGAGACUGAUUACGAGUCGGUUCGACAAGAACUUGACCAGCUCAAAGAGGCCUUUGGACACGCCUACUCGGCCCACAGGAAGGUGGCAGCGGACGGGGAAAGCCGCGAGGAAUCGCUGAUCUUGGAGUCGGCCUCCAAGGAGGCGUACUACGAGCAGCGGGUCCAGGAGCUGCAGAACGAGCUGAGACAGACCAAGAAUGACCUGAGCAACACCCAUGCCGAGAACGAGAGGUUGGCCAGCAUGGCCCUGGAGCUCCGGGAGAGUAAUGAGCUGGUGGAGCUUCAGAGGGCUCGUCUCCGUGAUGACGUCAGGGAGUACAAGAUCUGUGAGGCCCGGCUGCUGCAGGACUACACGGAGCUUGAGGAGGAGAACAUCACCCUCCAGAAACAAGUCUCUCUGCUGAAGCAAGGCCAGGUGGAGUUUGAGGGGGUCAAGCAUGAGUUGCGGCGCCUGGAGGAGGAAGGCCAGUACCUGAACAGCCAGCUGGAGGAGGCCCUCCGUCUGCGGGAGAUCUGCGAGCGGCAGCUGGCCGAGUCCCUGGAGACGCUCAAGACGGAGCGCGAGCAGAAGGCCGCCCUCCGCAAGGAGCUGACGCAGCACAUGACGCUGGGCGACUCGCUGCUCGCUGUUUCACUGGACGGCCUCAAGUUGACCACCGACGAGCCCAACAACGACGACGAUGUGAUCCGCAUCUUUGAGAACGGCCUGGCCAAGAUGACCGAAGCGCACGCCCUCGACAACCGUGCCUCCACGCCCAAGAAGUCUGAUAACUUCCGUCCAGCCCCCAGCCUGGUGGAUGACCUGCUGAGUGAGCUCAACAUCUCUGAGAUCCAGAAACUCAAACAGCAGCUGCUCCAGGUGGAACGAGAGAAGGUGGCACUGCUGUCCACACUGCAGGACUCUCAGAAGCAGCUUGAGCAGUCGCGCGGGGCUCUGGCCGAGCAGCAGGAGGCCAACGGUCGUCUCAACCAGGACCUGGGUGCCAUGCGGCGGCUGCAGGCCAGCAAGGAGCGCCAUUCGGCCCUGGACAGCGAGCGGGAGCGGGACAGCCGCGAGGACGGCGACGGGGAUUAUUACGAGCUGGACAUCAACGGACCCGAGAUCCUGCGCUGCAAGUACGAGGUGGCCGUGAACGAGGCUGGCGAGCUGAGGGCCGAGCUGAAGACCCUGAAGGAGGAGCAGCAGGAGCAGACCACAGAGUCCCAGCAGGAGCGGACGCGUCUGGAGUCUCAGGUGCGUGAUCUGAGCAGCCAGCUGGCGACACUGGAGAGCGUGAGCCGUGAGGUGCGGGAACGCGCCACGCGGCUGGAGAAGGAGCUGCGAGAGACCAGCGCAGUCGCGGGGGAGUCUCAGGGCAGCCUGAGCGUGGCCCAAGACGAGCUGGUGGCCUUCAGCGAGGAACUGGCCAACCUCUACCACCACGUCUGCAUGUGCAAUAACGAAACACCCCAGCGCGUCAUGCUGGACUUCUACAAGGAGGGCAAAGCCGCCCCGGGCCCAGUCCCCAAUGGCCGAGACACCCUCAGCUCGCCGCCGCCCCCUGCCAUCAUCGCUGGGGAUGACACCCGGAAGGAGCCCAUGGACAUUUACAACUUGGUCGCCAUCAUCCGUGACCAGAUCCGGCACUUGCAGCAGGCUGUGGACCGCACCACUGAGCUGUCCCGCCAAAGGGUGGCCUCUCUGGAGCUCUCCGCUGUGCCUGAUAAGGACAAAGAGGCCUGCAUGCAUGAGAUCCUCAAGCUGAAGUCCCUGCUCAGCACCAAGAGAGAGCAGAUUGCCACCCUGAGGACCGUGCUGAAGGCCAACAAACAGACAGCUGAGGUGGCCCUGGCCAACCUGAAGAGCAAAUAUGACAACGAGAAGACCAUGGUGACGGAGACCAUGAUGAAGCUGAGGAACGAACUGAAGGCCCUAAAGGAGGAUGCCGCCACCUUUUCCUCUCUGCGUGCCAUGUUUGCCACACGCUGCGACGAGUAUGUGACACAACUGGACGACAUGCAGCGGCAGCUGGCAGCUGCUGAGGACGAGAAGAAAACGCUAAACUCUCUGCUACGCAUGGCCAUCCAGCAAAAGCUGGCUCUCACGCAGCGCCUGGAGGAUCUGGAGUUCGACCACGAGCAGGCGCGCCGCAGCGGGGGCACCGGAGCCAAAGCCACAGCCUCCUCGCGCAGAAGAGUCCCCACCACCACCACCACCACCUCCUCCUCCUCCUCCUCCGCCCACUCGGCCCACACCAGCCCCCAUGUAAGUCCUCGGCUGGCCAGCAGGGGCCGCCCACAGCCCCGCAGCAUCAUGGAUACGCCCAUGGUCUUCUGCAGCGAGAAAUAUAAGAUCUAACGUAGUAGAGCUGGAUGUUGUGAUUUCCCUGAUGGUGAACCCCUGAUUCCUGAUUCCUGCCGACGCUUCCUACAGUAGAGCCUCCCUGUGACAUUAUAGCUCCUGGGCGUUUUGUAAUCGCUCCACCAAAACAUGCACAUCACAGACACACUCACAUUGAUAUAGACAUGCGUAAGACACACGCAGCCUAGCAUUUUUUUAAUAUUCCUAAUUCUUAAUAAAAUCCUGGGCUGUGUCCAUGCAGUUUCCUUUCGAUAAGUCAGUUGGAAACUUGGGCUCAAGGUACUUUGGAAAGUCCACCCUAAUUUCCAGCCUUGACCCUACUUGCUCUUCAUGUGUGCAUUAUCCCCAUUCAUUUUUCUGUUACAUUUUUUGUUUUGUUUUUGCGUCUGUCCUCAAAUGUUACUGCACUUUCUCAUGUACACUUGCCCCUCAGACAACUCCCGCCUAUGCAAGAUAUUUCACAUGGCUCACUAUAUUUUAAAUUUAUCACACUGAAUAAGUGGCAUUGACACUAAGAAAAAUACAAAUCUGACGUACUUCAGUGCCCAAAGUCCACUUAAUAAGUCUGGAUUUCAUCUAUUGGCCUUAAAUUGAGUUGGUGUGGAUUUCCCCGCUGAAGAGCAGGGGUUUGGCAAAUAGUUGUGGGUUGUGGAUGGGGCAGUGUAUUCCUCUUGAUAUGCUCGUAAUGAGUCUUUGAGCUUUGUUUAUUUUUGUCAUAUGUAAUAGGAACCGUUUUUUUUUAUUAAUAAUAAUAAUAUAUGUAUGGCUGUAUGGUGUUUUAAUAACAUUUUGCAUGUUUAACUGCCAUGUUAUGAACAGAAUCCAGGGAGAGCAAACAAAAAAGUGUGUAUUUAUGCCGCUUUGUGUUAAUCUGUAUCCAACAGUUUAUCUUAGCAAUGUACUCCUUUGGACUCUUGGGUCAGCCUAUUGAAAGGGUGAAAGGAUGGAAUAAUUUUACCGGAAGCACAACCGCAAGAUUUCACAUCGGAAUUAUAUACAGAGAUAUUUUUUGUUAUGUUUUUUUUUUUUUAGUUUUCUUUGUUCCUCUCCUUUUCUGUCUCAGUAGUACACCACGAGUGCCUUUUUAUUUCUUCAGAAAUACGUUUUUUUUUUUUUUUCUUUAACCAGAGAGCAAAAACCACACGUUUUUGUGAGGUAGUUUUAUUGGAGUAUUGAGGUGAUGGAUAUUUGUAUUGAACUCUACCUAUCCCCUCCUGCUAGCAUGCAUGUGCUGCUGCGCCUUCAGGAUUUCUGUGGUAAACCUUAUUUAUGCUAUCAUUUCAUUUGAAAGCUAAGCUAACAUGACUGGUUAGGAAAACAAGUGACCCAGUAUGGAUUAGAGCAAAAAGAAAUACAGAACCGGGUGUAACUGCAAGCAUUUACUGAGCGUCUUGUAACCUUUGUGUUUGGAUGGUCAUGUGAUGUGCAUAGCAGUACUGAGGAGACAAUUUGUUUAUUUUUCCUUUUUAAUGUUUUUAAUAUAAUCGUUUUAUAUGUGGUAAAGAGUAUUGGAAAAACAGAUAAAUGGAAAACAAGUCCUCUCUCAACCAAUCUGUUGUGCCAUUUCAUACCUUCAGUUUGUUGAGGCAUUGAAAUGUUUCAAUAUUGUCAGGGGGUUAAAUAAAUAUAUAAUAUAUAUAAUAAAAAAUUAUAUAUGUUAUAUAUAUAAAACAAACAAGAAAUUUAAGUGCAAUUUAACUGCUGUAUCAGGUGUCUAAUUCAAUGUUCUCUAUUGCUUGAAGCAUAGUGGGGAUUAAUUGGCCUAUCAUUGAGGGAUAGCUGUGCCCAUUUUUAUACUGCAAUAUUUUGUCACAGUUUUAUAUCUUUUUAUGAAAUAACUUCACCUGUCUGAUCAUAUUUAUUGAUAACAAUAUUAAGCAGCUCAGUGUUAUUAAUGUGCAUUAUGAUUAGUGGCAUGGUUAAUGCCAGUCUCUUCAGAAGCACCUGUGUCUGCAGGUGUUGUAUAUGUGAGGCCUAUCUGGUAGGAGCACACCAUUUGACAAUGGCUUUGUCUGUUCUGAUAUGUCAUGACAUUUAUUAAUGGUUUCACGGUUCCCCUUGGGGAAACCCACCACGUGUCACCAUUUGUACUAAGAGGACUUCUAGCUUGUGUAAGCUCUUGUGUGUUAAGGUGCUCAUUAUUCUGGCCAAAUAAACAUGAUUGAAAAGGCAA